UAACCAAACCCAGCUGUAGUACAUCGAUACCAUUCUUUUCUCAAUCAUUCCGCGCAGUCACUGUCUAAACAACAACAACAAGGUUGAAAUGUCCUCGCAAGAAGAUUAUUCUGAUUUUGAACAUGAACCAGAAAAUGGGGAAAAGUUAGAUGACGAGUGCUGUGAACGUUAUGCAGCUGUCAUCUGGAGUUCUCCCAAGUUCGUUGAGAACGACUAUAACUGUGUUGACAUUAGGAAAAUUUCGAAAGACAUGCUGUUGAAUGGAGAGCUCCACGGCCCAAUUGUUGUAAAAGUAAACAUCAAUGUUGGCUGUUUACAAGCAGUGACUACAGAAACAUACAUUGGAAGAGUAUUUGCUACUGGAGAUGAUAAAAAAAUCCUGAAAUCCCUUCUUGAGGCAGAAAUUAGAAGGAUGAAAACACAAGACAAGGCUAACACUGAAAUGUAUUAGCAACUUAAUACACACCAAGAAAUGAAA